CUCACCUCUCGUCAGUUACACCACCACCUCCGCUGCCCGUCCCGGGCGUACCCUACAUCGCCCACUGCUUCCACGCGAAGUCCAAACAUCGCCGCAUCCAGAAAAUUCAAGGCGUAGUCAAGAGCUGUGCCCCGCCUGAGAGUUUCUCAAAAGCAAUCGUCGUCCCCCUUUCCCUGCCUUGCGUACCAUAUCUACCACCUCCAUCUCCACGCAGUCCGAACAUCUCACCGUUCAGCCUUCCGCCAGUCCCGACGGUUCGCAUGCGAUAGGCGCCGUCAUUGGAUUCAGCGACGUUCGAAUACAAACUGCCGGCUCUAUUGGAGCACUCAGCAGCCCAUACGCGCAUGUUCACACGCUCAUAAAGAGGCAUGGCUACGGUCACGCAGGUCAUGCCGUCGCCCACUACCACUGGCUUGAAGUCCGCCUUCAGCCCUUAUACAGACUCGCCUAGCUCCCCCGCUCCUUUUGGAAAGGUCCUCUCGAACAGGUCUUCCGGAGCCACUUCCGACCAUCUCGCACCCCCUCCUAGCCCUUAUCCAGCCACCGUAGAUCCAUCCCCUGUUGAUAGUAAUGGUACCAAUGGAACAGAAAUCGAGGAAGAUGAGCAGGAGAACGAGGUAAAUGAGGACCCUGUGAGUGCACUGCGGUCGCCUGGCAUGGACAUCAUCAGCCCUGCCAGUUAUGCCAGUCAAGAUAGUCAGGACAAGCCUUCGAAGCUUCACACAUCACUUCCAGCGCGCUACCGAUCCGACUCCGACGACGCGCCUCAGUCUGUCAUCCACGCGCCUGCAAACUUUAAAACAUUCAACCGUGUUUCUGUCUCAGCCGCAAGCUCCCAUGAAACUUCAUCAGAUCAGACGGCCGUGGUGUCACCGCAAACCCCGGAGGCGAACAUGAUUCCAGACGAUAAGCAAACUUCGACCUAUACGCAUCCCAUUGACACCACCAUCCCGCCCUCCGGCGCUCCAGACCGUACUACACCCCGCGCGCAGACGCGAGAAGACUACGAACAGGAUGGCAAGAGGCGAAGCAGAGUCAGCCUUAGCCUCGCAGAUAUCGCUGAAACAGACGAUAACCCUGCCCAUGACACAACGUCCACGUCCGAAAGCGCAAGGGAUGGGAGCCAAUCAUCUCAAUCGCAGAAGCAAUCGCCAGGACAGCCCAGUGCAUCAGAACCCAUCCCCGCAGCCUCGCAGACAAUGGGCGAGGUUUUGCACGGCAUCCACGAAACGGAGAAAGAGAUUGCUGCACUGAGGACUGCGUUGAACGAAUGCUGGACCUUGUGCAACACGCUUGCCAAACUGAGCCAGUCUCAUCGACAGAAAAUGUUUCACUACUCGGGUCGCCAAGGCGACAUCCAAGAGCAAGCAUGGAGAACAUGCUGGCGCCUAUGCCAGAAACUGUACGAGUCACGAGACGACAAUCACACGGCGCAGAUAUUACCCAUUCUGGAGCUAUGUCGCGACUUCUGCCAGGCAUUGUUCGAAGUGCGACACCGUGGAGACGAAGCGGCGGAUUCGGUAUUGCGCGUUAGCUUUGAACUGAACAAUCACCUCUACAAUGCACACGAUCGGACGUUGCCCGAGGCCUUCCGGGAGAGGACCUUGGACUUCUACGUUACCUUGUGCCACCGAUUAAUGAAGCAGAACACUUCCCUGCCUGAGGAAACUGACGCUUUGCUUCACGCCUGCUGGUCGCUGGCUGAAAUGCUGUUCAGCAUUAGGCAAAAUAGCCGCGAAGGGAAGCCAGCUGAUGAGGAACUGCUUGGUUCGGCGAUACAGGCGUGUUGGGAACUCUGCGAUAUGUUCCGCGACGGUUGGACACAGGUCCGUCCCGAACGCGGCACCCCAAGACCCGCACAAUACUCAUUUGCUCCGCCUGCGUCCGUCACGCAUUCCCAAGUUUCCUUCUCAGAGAGGUCGGGAAUCUCCUCCAACCUCAGCGCAUCCUACCACUCCGCCAUAUCCAUGAGGCAGCAACCACCCGAAACCCCGACCACCAUCUUCGACGAUCGCGAGGAGCUCUCCCCCAUGGCCGAAGAGCAAAACGUCCCGAACAUUCUUGUCCUCGGCCCCGAAGCCGGCCAAACCCGCACCCAUGACCGCUGGUCCUCGGCCGCAUCCAGUCUCUCCACCUACUCCGACGCCUCCAUCCACACCUCGUCUACCGCCACCGCCGGCCGCGAAGACCCGAACCUCGUCCGCCUCAAAGGCCUCAUCGUCAAAGCCGCCAUGAACACGGGCUACGCGCGACAAACACCCUUGCCAGACUACGUCCGGACCCUCUCGUCCAACAGCUUCGGCACCAUCCCCUGGCAAGUCUCCCUCUUUGAACAGUACAGGAGCCUCGUACUUUCGGAUCCGACCCUUCGAACCGUGCACACACAGCCGCUGCGCCGAUGGACGGCCAGCGAAAUCAGCCGCGCUGUGCAGCUCAUGGGGCGCUCGAAGCAGUUUGUCUGGUUCCGCGAUCUGUAUCGGUUCGUGUUUGGCGCGUUUCCCGAGGAUAGUGGGCAGCGGAAUAUGAUCAUCAACGCUUAGUUUGCUCGUUUUCGGGGGGUUUGUUUUGGAUCUGUUGAUACGUAUUGGAUUAUGUGGUUUGACGAUUUCGGAUUGGGUGGAGUGGGUGGGCACUUGAGAGUUUUCGUUCGCGUUUUGGAAGGGUUCGGGUUGGUGUUUUUUUCUAUUGCGCGCGAUAUACCCCCAACGCUCACUUUUUUGGUUGCGAAUGUAUUUGCUUCGUCGUUUCCCCGGGGUUAGGAGUUGUCGGGUUGGCGAGGCUCCUUUUUGACUAGUGCAGUAGUGAUGUGAUGGGACUUUUUGCUGUAAAAAUGUGUAUCCCGAAUUCGUAAAUGGUUGUAACAGGGUCUGUGAGAUUGGAGUGCUAGAAUAAUAGCGUGUCGUCCGGAGGAUAAACCAGCUUGGUGGGAU